AUGGACCCUAAUUUAACACUGACUUACCUGGACAUCUCCCACGCCGGCCUGCUCAGCAAAACCUGGUCACGGGGGGGCAACCCAAGGAGCCAGAAGUACCUUGCUAACCUCAUUUGCUGCUUCCCCAGUGUCUGUGUCUUGGAUGAUAAUGGGUGUCCCCUCUCCUGGAGCCUGACGGAUCAGUUCGCCACCAUGAUUCAUGGUUAUACUCUUCCAGAGCAUCGGAGGAAGGGUUAUAGCAGGCUUGUGGCUACUACUUUAGCUAAGAAAUUACAUAGCUGUGGCUUUCCAGCACAGGGUAAUGUCCUGGAGACGAAUAUACCAUCAAUAACUUUGCUGAAAAGCAUGAAUGCCCAGUUUCUUCCCUGCUCAUUUUUCAGAGUAAUUCAUACGCCUUUCCAUUUUUUAGCCAAAUGUGUCUUAUAG